ACCCUACCACUUCUCCUCCGGCGCCCAAGGCCUCAUCUUCCUCUCCCCUCUCCUCGGCUCCCUGGUAGGAACCUACCUCUGCGGCCCCAUCGCCGACCGCAUCGCCACAUACUUCACCAUCCGCAACGACGGCAUCCGCGAGCCCGAAAUGCGGCUCUCGGCCUGCGCCAUCGCGGCCGUCCUCACCUUUCUCGGAGCGCUGGUCUCCGGGCUGACGUACCCGCGCACGCACUGGGCCGGGCCAGUCGUCGGCUUUGGGGUUCUCUCGUCAGGGGCGCAGAUGGGCGCCACGCUGGGGAUGACCUAUGCAUUAGACUGUCACAAAGAGCUCUCCGCAGAACUCAUGGUGACCAUCUCGUGUCUCAAGUCGGCUGUGGCGUGGGUCUGGACGUGGUGCAUCAACGACUGGAUCGCGAGGAGUGGCCUGUUGACUGUGUUUAUGGUGAUUGCGAGCUUGAAUGCGGUUGUGUAUGCAGUGGCCGGGGUGUUUCAUGUUUGCGGGAAGAGGAUGAGGAUAUGGAUAGGCAAGAAUCGUGAUUAG